GAGUACAACCUCGCCCCUCAAACAGAGAAAAAGAGCGAGAGGCGUUGUGUCGCGCCACAGCUGUCCCUAGGCACGCCCCUUUACACCACCACCGCCACACAUCAUCUUUCUUCUCUAUUAUUGUUUUAUUCCCCAGUUCUUCAGUGCCACACCCGACGAUGUCCUUUCAAAUUGAAAAGGUCGCGGUGCGCAACUCGUCCUUUGCGACGCCAGGCGAGUCCUACCUUAUUCUCGCGAACAGCGCCUCCCUGCGCCGCCACCUCACCGACAGCUACUGGUGCGACGCGAUGGACCAAGUAUGCAGCGGCAAGCUGAAGGGGGUAGCGGUGCGCUACACCGGCGAGAAUCUCGUACUGCUUCAAUUUCGCCCCCUCACUCUCUCCCCCGCAGGCUACCGCUACCCCCUCUUCAUGUCCAUCCCAAUUGAGUUUCUCGUCCCGGCCACAGAGAGCGCGUUCGCCAUCGGUGGUGGCUCCGAUCUACAAGGCAGCUUCGGCACCGCAUCGGCGAGCAGCGUGCAGUCGGCCUCGGACACCGACUCCAAAUCGCCCACGACGGGGGCCGCCAUGCCAAAGUUGUGUGUCGUGUGCGGCCGGUUCAACACGCCGGAGAUGGUGCAGCGUCCACACGGGUGGAAGUGCAAGGAGUGCAAGGGCAAGAAGUCCGAUCAACGUCUUCGCCAAGAGCUUCAGAAACUGAAAGACCUGCAGAAGCCCCGCCCAUGA